AUGAAAGAUUCCGAAUCGCUGGACACCAGGGCUCCAGACACCGACAUACUUGAAGCUCUGGACGAAGCAUUCAAGUGCACCAAGUGUCAAAUCGCUGUGACUCAAAGUAGCAUGAAAGCCGACAUUGACAAGGGUGCAUACAAUACAAAUUGCUACCCUCCAUUCUUUCGUUGUCACCACACCCGCGAUGACAAUAUUUCUCCUCUCGAUACUCAAUCUCAAUGCGAAGAACUAUCCUUCUGGAAACGCAUCUCCCCAGCACAACGAGAGUGUUACUACAGCAGGGUCGAACAAACCCUCAACACCCUAAUCGAGGAAAACAAAGACAUUGACCCCGAAGUGGCCGUGCUCUUCGCCCAUUACCAAGUAGACUUCCAUAUCCGCCAACACCACCUCGCCCGUCGCGGUGUGCUCGCGCUCUGCCGUAACGCUGAUGACAUGCAACAGCUACGCCACUGGCAGUGGAAGAUGAACGACCUCGACAGCAUGCGGCCCGUCAAUCUCGAAAAGACCUGGCCCGAUUCCUGUCGUCACGCCGGCUGGCCCGGCGACCAGAGCCUCGAGAUGCUGCAUCAGACGCUGAUGUGGAAACGGGCGUCGCCCGCGCGACGCAAGCGUCUGGAGGAGGUUCGGGCGCGCUGGGCCAUCAUCAUGGCUGAACGGCGCCGCCAACGCGAGAUGUUGCAGCUAAAGCAAGGGCUAACAAUCACCGUCCGCGUAUACUGCCGUGGGGAGCUCUGGAAUGUGAGAGAGCUCCCAUGGGGCGCGAACUCUGAGCCAAGUCUGCGGCCUGAGCGAAUUGCUCGGAGCAUUGGGUUCUAA